AUGAAUAGAGUGGUUCAUGAUAUGUUGGAUCAAUAUGUGAUUGCCUUUAUUGAUGAUAUUUUGAUUUAUUCCAAGAGUAAGGAGGAUCAUGCAAUUCAUUUGAGGCCAGUAUUAGAGAGGUUGAGAGAGAAGCAAUUAUAUGCAAAGUUUAGUAAAUGUGAAUUCUGGUUAUCACAAGUGAAUUUCUUAGGACACAUUGUAUCUACUAGAGGUAUUGAGGUUGAUCCUGGAAAGGUGAAAGCAAUGUUGGAUUGGGAGUCUCCUAAGACUGUUAGUGAAAUUCAGAGUUUUCUGGGCUUAGCAAGUUAUUAUAGAAGAUUCAUUGAGAACUUUGCUUGGAUUUCUGCUCGUAUGACUCGAUUGACUCGAAAAGGGGUUAAGUUUGAAUGGACUGAAAAAUGUGAAAACUGUUUGAAGGAACUGAAGAACCAACUGGUAACAGCACUAGUCCUUGCUAUUCCAGAUGGAAAAGCUAAUGUGGUAGCAGAUGCUCUCAGUAGGAAACACCAAGUAACUACAUUAGCUGCACUUACUGCUGAUCCUAUGUUGAUUGAAGAAGCAAGAGAGUUGGGUUUGGAGGAAGCUCAACUUAAAGAUGAUGUGUUAAGGAAGACCAUUAAUGAUGUAAAUAGUGGGAGACGGAAAGAUUUGAAGUUUGCAGUGAAAGAUGGAAUUCUAUGGUUCAGUGACAGAUUUUGUGUUCCAAGGGACGAGAAGCUGAUAGAGUUGAUUCUCAAUGAAGCCCAGAGCACACCUUACUCUGUACAUCCUGGCAGUACUAAAAUGUUGAAGAAGUAUAUUCCAGAUCCUUCACAUGUAUUACCUAUUGUGGAACCUUUGGAGUUGGAUGAUGAUUUGAGCUAUGAAGAACGGCCCGAUGGAAUCUAUAAUAGGAAGGAAUAUCAACUCCGAAGUCAAACCAUACCAUAUGUGAAGAUCAAGUGGAAGAAUCAUCUGGAGCAAGAAGCUUCCUGGGAAAGAGAAGAUGAAGUGAAGGAGAAGUACCCAAAACUGUUUAGUCUACCAAGUAACUCUUGCAAAUUUAGAGCAUGA